AUGUCCAAUAGAUCUGCUGCUGGUUCCAAUCUUGAGCGCCAAGAGAUCGACCGGAUCUUACGGGCCAAGAGGCAGCAACGCACAUCAAAAGCGUGCUAUCCGUGUCGCUCGCGCAAAGUCAAGUGCGACAAUGGCCAUCCAUGCAGAACCUGCCAGAAACGUGGCCACCCCCAUAUCUGUGUCUAUGAUUUGGAGGAACCUUCUCCGCGGAAGCGGGCCAUGUUAAGUCCUCGGAAUAGCAACGCUGAUGCCUCUAACGUUGCAUUGCCAUCAAAUGAUCAGCAUCCAAUCAGGUAUUCGGCAUCUCCUCUGCAUACUAGACCUGCAUCAGAAUCGACCGUUCAAGAGGACCCUUUCAAUUACGUCUUCUCUGGAGAGAAUACAGUCAUCUCCAUGCUGGGCUCACACGACACCGAUGGAUCAAUUACCCACAAGGCGAGCUCGGUGUUGGGACUGCAAAACAGCUUCAGCAAUUACCCGUUUCUUGAUCUUAAAACACCCGUAGAUCGCUGGAAGGCUCUCGUGGAGAUCCUUCCUCAAAGGGAGGAGAUUUUGAAGUAUUUUCACUUCUACCGCACCUCCGCUCACCCAUUCAACCCAAUUCUUGUCGAUAUCGACGGCUUUGAAUUGGUCAUAUGCCAGUUCCUUGCAUCCUAUGCGUCUGGGGAACUGUGCGAUUCCGACAAGGUCUCGGAACGAUGGUCGUCGGAUCGAUCUGUCGGUCAAAUCAGUCUCCUCCUGGCCACCUUGGCUUCGGGAGCGCACUACUCGGACCUUGUGAACCCCGAGAGGUCGGAGAAAUACCAAAGCUUUGCCCGCCGAUCUUUCCAAGCACUAAGGCUGGCAAAUUUCCUCUUGCGGCCAUCGCUUGAAGUUAUCCAAUCUCUACUCAUUCUGGGAAAUACGUUACAGAACAACGGUCAAUCUGAUGGCGCGUGGGCUCUGCUUGGCACUACUGCCAGAUUAGCCCAGACCUUGGGACUACAUACCGAGAAGAGCAUUUCUCGCUGGCCAGAACCAAUGAGACCAAAGGCUAAAGCAUUGUGGUCUAUGACGGUUUGGCAAGACAGCCUUUUGAGUCUGUGCUAUGACCGCCCCUCUAUGGUGUCCACGAGAGGCUGGCAGCUGGACUCUACUACUCUCGAGUCGAACCUAUCAUACACUGACAUGAUGCACUACCUAUGCCGGCUAGGUCUGCAAAUUAACAAUGCAGAAGAGCGAGAGCGCAAUUACUUGGACUUUUCCCUCAAGUUAUUAGCUGCAUUGGACAAUGUUUUCAAGCGUGUACAACCCCAUCUCCUUUCCCGGGAGCAAUGCACUAGCUUGCACCAACACCUGGAACACUUGGCCCUCCGCAUCCAUGUCUCAUUCAGCGUUUCCGUGCUAUGUCGGCCAGCCAUCAAAAGGCCACCCAGAACCUCUCUCAGCCCACGCCUUCGAGUUCUGCGCAAUAGGGCCAAAGACAGUCUGGUUGAGGCUGCAAAGGCCUUCCUCGACUUUGAAACUCUAAGCAUCGUCCCAUUACGCACCUGGUCUAUGGUACACACGGUGCUCAGUUCUGCAUUACUCCUUUGUCUGUGGGAGGAGACUCGCCAUGACCCGGCAUGUCGCGACUUGCAGCAACGAGUCAUCGAGGUAUUCUCCCGAGUUGGUACUGCCGGGAAGGAUGCUAAUGGCCAACAUGACAAUCGCCAAUGGUUGUCAACGAGGCAUGUCCACGCACUUGUCGCGUUGCGAAAUGCUGUGCGUGAUACCCCAAUGCGUGAAGGAGACGCAAACCCCGAGACGCAGCGAGGAUCGCCACGAGGCCAACCCCCUCAACGAUUGUCAGAUGUCAUGUCUGGCCCGGGCAUGCGAUUCGGUGAUGUCCAACCACCUGGCGAUUUUCCUGCAAACUUUGACUUUGGGUGA